UUGGCUUGUUACGUCGAUUUCAAUUGUUCGUGCAGCAGAAUGAAAUUCCACCGCAAAGGCUAAUUUUUGGAAUAAAUCCAUCAAGUCGUUCGGAAUCUGAUCUUCAUGGGAUGAAAUUGAUAUCAGACAUCUCCCGAAUUGUCCCUGAUGUCUCGGUGGGUGCACCGAUUUUAAUUGUUUGUGGAUUUACCGGCGCAGAGGCUAAUUCUCUGGAACAAUCAGGUUGUUCUGGAUCGUCUGAUUGCCUUCGGCACCAGCGACUCAUCGUGAUGAAAUUUAAUGUUGCAGACCGUUUUUCCGACCAGGUAAUAGCGCGAGCGGCCUACGCUUUGGGAAGCCUCUCUUUUCUUUCCCUUCUUCAAACGAUUCCGCCCACCACCGACAACUUCGACGAAUUGGCACAUCGACCGACUGUCAUUGUGGGCGUCCGCAACAUCCAGCUCGUCGCCGAUUAUCAACUUCUAUUUCGUUGCCAUUGUCUACAAGUACAGUAUCCGUUACUCGCUCCAAGUUCAAGCCUUCUCUUGACGCGUUUGUUCGACCUGAUCCCCUGUGAAUUUUCCUCUCGCCAGACGUUAUUGCCUCAGAACGGAUCCGUCUCCUUCCUCGAUAAGUGA